GUAUACCGUUCGAGAUUUUUACUCGCUGCUUACAAGUGCUGGAAGGCUAUUUUACGAUUCUAUACAAAUACAUCCGAACUAUCUCGCAUUUGUAUAAAUGCUGUAAAUGAAGUUGGACUUGCCAAUGAUUGGUUGCAGGACGAACAAGACGAUCCAAAGGAAGAGAUCGAUUAUUCAGAUGAUUCCAUUCCAUUGUUGACAAGGAGAACAGUAUGGAAAGAUAUUCAUGUACCAAUCGAAGUCGUUUAUCGUAUCGAUCCAUUCUUUAUUCAAGCAGAGAGGCACGGUUUAGAAUCGAAGGACAGCAACCUUAACGAAAUCACUCAGGCGAUUCUCGACAAGAAGAAUUUCCCUGAACAAAGCUCUAUUGGAACUCCAGCUGCCUCAGUUUUGUACCAUUGCUUGGCAAAAAUUCGAGAUUCAUAUAGUCUUGCAAGCGAAAUUAGGGCACAUGCGAAAACAAAAUUCGACACGAGUAAAAAGAUUCACGAAGAAAAGCUGCUCGAACUAUGGGAUCUAUUAAUGCCUGAUGAAGCUCUCAAAGAUCGUUAUAGCGAUCAAUGGAUCAAGACUCUCGAAGCAAGACAAAUGCAAUACUUUUUAUUCAAAUACGGAUCCACAAAGGAUGUUUUUCAAGAAUUUUUCUGUUAUAUAUUCCAUUCUUUUAACACAUACUGGACUUCACAAGAGAUUGAACCAAAUGCUAUGGAUUUUGAAAUAAUUUUUGAACAGUUCGGGAAGAUGAUUGUCGAGGAACUGUUAGAAAGGAAGCCAAUGGUAUUAGAUGAAUCUAAGGAAUUUUUCCUUCAGAUCAAAAAGGAUAAUUGA